AUGACCGACAAUUACCGUCACGAGUGUCCACAUUGUGGCCAACGAUUUCGGCGCAAAUCGGACUGCAAAUGGCAUAUAUUUGAUGAACACAUUGAUCCACUAGUUUUUAAUAGCGAUGACGACGACGACAAUGAAGACAAUGACUGCCAUUUCGAGACCAAUCAAUUGGUUGACAACCGAAACAAUCAUAAACACAAAGACAUCGAUGUUGUUGAACAACCAGAAGAUACUGAUGAUGAAGAUUAUACUAUUAAUGAUGGCUUAGAUGCUGACGAUGACGACGACGAUGAUGAAGAUGAAGACUACAACAACAAGACAACCGAUAUCUGUGGUAAUAAUAAUAAUAAAGUCAAACAACCCGGCCGUCUGAAGACUGCUAAACAACGACAACAAAGUGAUAAUAGGAUGACAACAACAGGGAUAUCAGUCAAACGUAAAGCCAAACAACCACAAAAUCAGUGUCACGAUUGUGGUCAGAAAUUUCAACGUAAAACAACAUUAUUUAAGCACAUGAAUGACCUGAAUCACUACGGGUUGUCGUCUGGCGGCGGCGGCGGCAACAAUCCGAUUGUUGUCUAUUACGACUGUCCGUACGACGGCUGCCAAUUCAAGACCAUUUACAAGAGACAGAUCGCUGUACAUAAUCAACGAAGACAUUCGACUGACCGGCCAUUUCACUGUCACCGAUGCGAUGGCAAAUUCAAGACAAAAGACGAUCUGCGCGGACAUGAAUCGGUACAUCAGCCGAGUCAACAAUUGCGCUGUGAAUGGCCUGGUUGUGAGUCUGUACUCAAGAACCGGCAUUCGCUGGUCAAACAUCAGAAAAUACAUGACUAUUCAAGUAUUACCGGUUCAAAACCGAUUGUUUACCAGUGUUCGUGGCCCGGCUGUGACCGAUCGUUCAGCAGAAAUUGUUCGCUCAAAAAGCAUUUGUGGACACACGACGCAAACGAUGCACCCGAAUUUCGGUGCGAUUGGCCACAAUGUGAACGGGUAUUUCGGACAAACUUUAAUUUGAAAAAACAUGUUAUGAUUCACAGACAGGUAAAACCGUUUGAAUGUCUGCAACCGGGAUGUGGUAAACGGUUUACCGAAAAGGCAAAUAUGAUGAAACACUUCAGUACUCAUUCAAUAAGGAAAUAA